UACUUAUUCAGCUUCGGAGGCAACGAUUACUUUCGGUAUGACUCCAGCAACGCUGAUGCCACUCAUUCUGAAAGAGUAGUAUACAUGCGCAUGGUGGUAGCCAAUUUAACAAAUGGCUUCAAGGAAAUAUAUAAUAUGGGAGGAAGGAAAUUUGCGAUCCAGAGUGUUGGACCGUUAGGUUGCUUGCCCGUUAUAAAAGCAGUGCACACUGAUACAAAUGGCUCUUGUGUUGAAAAUUUCCUAACGCAUGCAAAUCAAAACAACAAAGCUUUAUCUAAUCAGCUCAGCAAGAUGGCCAAAGAAUUAUCUGGAUUCAAAUAUUCGAUCAUGGACUACUUCUUUAAUCUCCUUUACCGAAUUAAUAACCCUACAAAAUAUGGGUUCAAGGAAGGGAAAAUUGCAUGUUGUGGCAGUGGACCAUAUAAUGGACUGAACUGUGGAGGAGGUUCAUACAAGUUAUGCAGUAAUCCAAGUGACUAUCUGUUCUUUGAUGGCGGCCAUACAUCUCAGAAGGCAAAUCUUCAGAUUGCAGAGCUAAUAUGGAGUGGAGUACCAAAUGUUACUGGACCUUAUAAUGUUAAGCAACUAUUUGAGCUUCCUUGAUAAGAUUAUUUAGUGAAUAAAUUAUCAUAUUUUAAUAUGUUUUCUUUUAAAUAAUGUAUUUUUUGGAGCAAUAGAUAAUGUAGACUUAUUUUCAAUAA